GUUGCUUCCACUCCACUGUUCUCCUCCCCUGUCCAAAGCGGCCACGGACCGGAAAAAAUCACGCCUUUCCGUUGCGUCUCCGGCGCCACACUCCUCCUCCCCCUCCCUCCGGCCGCUAUAAAGCGCGCCGGGCCACGGGCCCCGCGGACAAUGGGACCCCCGUCCGCCGCCAUCGACGAAGAUGCUCUGCCUCAUCGCCUCCUCCUCGCCCUCGCCCUCGCCCUCUCUCCCGCCGCGCCCCUCCCGUCCCGCUGCUGACCGGCCCGGACCGGGGAUCUCGGGCGGCGGCAAUGUGCGGCUGAGCGCGGUGCCCGCGCCGUCUUCGCUUCGCUGGUCGUGGCCGCGGAAGGCCAAGAGCAAGUUCUCUGUUCCCGUGUCUGCGCCAAGAGACUACACCAUGGCAACAGCUGAAGAUGGCUUCGGCGACCUUCCGAUAUACAAUCUGGAUCCCAAGUUCGCCGGCUUCAAGGACCACUUCAGUUACAGGAUGAAAAAGUAUCUUGAACAGAAACAUUCGAUCGAGAAAUACGAGGGGGGCCUUGAAGAGUUCUCUAAAGGCUACUUGAAGUUUGGGAUCAACACAGAAAAUGACGCAACUGUGUACCGGGAAUGGGCCCCUGCAGCAAAGGAUGCACAACUUAUUGGUGACUUCAACAACUGGAAUGGCUCUGGGCACAGGAUGACAAAGGAUAAUUUUGGUGUUUGGUCAAUCAGGAUUUCCCAUGUCAAUGGGAAACCUGCCAUCCCCCAUAAUUCCAAGGUUAAAUUUCGAUUUCACCGUGGAGAUGGACUAUGGGUCGAUCGGGUUCCUGCAUGGAUUCGUUAUGCAACUUUUGAUGCCUCUAAAUUUGGAGCUCCAUAUGACGGUGUUCACUGGGAUCCACCAACUGGUGAAAGGUAUGUGUUUAAGCAUCCUCGGCCUCGAAAGCCUGACGCUCCACGUAUUUACGAGGCUCAUGUGGGGAUGAGUGGUGAAAAGCCUGAAGUAAGCACAUACAGAGAAUUUGCAGACAAUGUGUUACCGCGCAUAAAGGCAAACAACUACAACACAGUUCAGCUGAUGGCAAUCAUGGAACAUUCAUAUUAUGCUUCUUUUGGAUACCAUGUGACGAAUUUCUUCGCAGUUAGCAGCAGAUCAGGAACACCAGAGGACCUCAAAUAUCUUGUUGACAAGGCACAUAGCUUAGGGUUGCGUGUUCUGAUGGAUGUUGUCCAUAGCCAUGCGAGCAGUAAUAUGACAGAUGGUCUAAAUGGCUAUGAUGUUGGACAAAACACACAGGAGUCCUAUUUCCAUACAGGAGAAAGGGGUUAUCAUAAACUGUGGGAUAGUCGCCUGUUCAACUAUGCCAAUUGGGAGGUCUUACGGUAUCUUCUUUCUAAUCUGAGAUAUUGGAUGGACGAAUUCAUGUUUGACGGCUUCCGAUUUGAUGGAGUAACAUCCAUGCUAUAUAAUCACCAUGGUAUCAAUAUGUCAUUCGCUGGAAAUUACAAGGAAUAUUUUGGUUUGGAUACCGAUGUAGAUGCAGUUGUUUACAUGAUGCUUGCGAACCAUUUAAUGCACAAAAUCUUGCCAGAAGCAACUGUUGUUGCAGAAGAUGUUUCAGGCAUGCCAGUGCUUUGUCGGUCAGUUGAUGAAGGUGGAGUAGGGUUUGACUAUCGCCUUGCUAUGGCUAUUCCUGAUAGAUGGAUUGACUACUUGAAGAACAAAGAUGACCUUGAAUGGUCAAUGAGUGCAAUAGCACAUACUCUGACCAACAGGAGAUAUACGGAAAAGUGCAUUGCAUAUGCUGAGAGCCACGAUCAGUCUAUUGUUGGCGACAAGACCAUGGCAUUUCUCUUGAUGGACAAGGAAAUGUAUACUGGCAUGUCAGACUUGCAGCCUGCUUCACCUACAAUUGAUCGUGGAAUUGCACUUCAAAAGAUGAUUCACUUCAUCACCAUGGCCCUUGGAGGUGAUGGCUACUUGAAUUUUAUGGGUAAUGAGUUUGGCCACCCAGAAUGGAUUGACUUUCCAAGAGAAGGCAACAACUGGAGUUAUGAUAAAUGCAGACGCCAGUGGAGCCUCUCAGACAUUGAUCACCUACGAUACAAGUACAUGAACGCAUUUGAUCAAGCAAUGAAUGCGCUCGACGACAAGUUUUCCUUCCUAUCGUCAUCAAAGCAGAUUGUCAGCGACAUGAAUGAGGAAAAGAAGAUUAUUGUAUUUGAACGUGGAGAUCUGGUCUUCGUCUUCAAUUUUCAUCCCAGUAAAACUUAUGAUGGGUAACUGAUC